UAAAGAAAUAUUAGAAGAAUCUACGAACAAAAUGGAUGUCGAUGCUGCACAAAAGACUUGGGAGCUGGAGAACAACAUACAGACUCUGCCCAGCUGUGACGAAAUCUUCCGCUAUGAUGCCGAACAGCAGCGUCAGAUUAUUGACGCCAAGCCCUGGGAAAAAGAUCCACAUUUCUUUAAGGACAUAAAGAUUUCAGCUCUGGCGCUGCUGAAGAUAGUCAUGCACGCCCGCUCCGGCGGCACUCUCGAGGUUAUGGGCUUAAUGCUGGGCAAGGUUGAGGACAACACGAUGAUUGUGAUGGACGCGUUUGCCCUGCCAGUGGAGGGCACUGAGACACGCGUGAAUGCCCAGGCGCAGGCCUAUGAGUACAUGACUGCCUACAUGGAGGCUGCCAAGGAGGUUGGGCGCAUGGAGCAUGCCGUCGGCUGGUACCACAGCCACCCCGGAUACGGCUGCUGGCUGUCUGGCAUUGACGUUUCCACACAGAUGCUGAACCAGACCUACCAGGAGCCCUUCGUGGCUAUUGUGGUCGAUCCUGUGCGCACUGUCUCUGCUGGCAAGGUUUGUCUGGGUGCCUUCCGCACCUAUCCAAAGGGCUAUAAGCCCCCAAACGAGGAGCCAUCCGAGUACCAGACCAUACCGUUGAACAAGAUUGAGGAUUUCGGUGUGCACUGCAAGCAGUACUAUCCGCUGGAGAUUAGCUACUUCAAGUCGGCUCUGGACCGCAAAUUGCUCGACUCCUUGUGGAACAAGUACUGGGUGAACACCCUGGGCAGCUCUGGGCUGCUGACCAACACGGAAUACACCACUGGCCAGAUCAUGGACUUGUCCGAGAAGCUGGAGCAGAGUGAAAACUUUCUGGGUCGCGGCACCGAUGUUAACGAGAAACGCUCCGAGGACAAGCUGUCCAAAGCUACGCGCGACUGCAGCCGCUCCACAAUUGAGUUGAUACACGGCCUGAUGGCCCAGAUAGUCAAGGAUAAGCUCUUCAAUAAGGUGGGCCUGGGAAAAUAGGGCCUCGCUGCAUUAGAUCAUUAUAAAAUACGAUAUUUCUAUUGAUUUCAAAAUACACCGAGUGGAUUGAAA